AUGGCCACAUGCCUCCUCCUCUCAGCUCCCUUCAAACCUACCACUAUCUCUCCAAAACCCACCUCUAAAAUCACCUGCUCCUCAAUCACAACUCAAUCACGAUCAGCCAAGCAACACCUCCUCGCUCUAAUCUCUGACCAAGACCGCGGCCUCAGAACCCAAAAUGACCCUAUCAAAAGAUCCUCAAUUAUCCAAGCCAUUGGUGCAAUGGCUGAACUAGGCAAAGAUACAUUCACCACUGAUGAUUCACUCUCUGCCACCUGGCGGUUGCUUUGGACCACAGAGAAAGAGCAGCUUUUUAUUAUAGAGAAAGCUCCAUUGUUUGGUACUCAAGCUGGUGAUGUUUUGCAGGUUAUAGAUGUUGAAAAAAAGACUCUUAAUAAUGUUAUCACUUUUCCACCUGACGGGGUUUUCUUUGUACGCUCAAUUAUUGAAGUUGCUUCCUCUCAGAGAGUGAAUUUUAGAUUCACAAGUGCGGUUUUAAGAGGUAAGAAUUGGGAGAUACCGUUGCCACCAUUCGGCCAGGGAUGGUUUGAAUCGGUGUACGUUGAUGAGGAGAUUAGAGUAGUGAAGGAUAUCAGGGGAGAUUAUUUAGUUGUUGAGAAAGCUCCGUAUGUUUGGAAAGAAUAA